AUGAGAAUUUCGCAGAUUUUGUUUUUUAUCAAUAAGUCACUCGCGCAAGAUGAUUUUUUCGGAGAUUUUUCUUCGGUAGAGGAAACUCGAGGAUCUCACUUGCGCAAUCUUCUCGGAGAGGUACUGAAUGCAGUCGGAUCGGAACACGAGGCGGACUCCUUCUUCGAGUAUGGGUGUUGGUGUUUCUCUUCGCCCAGAGCGAACAGACAUGACUUCACAAAAGGAAGAUCUCAGCCUGUCGACGAAAUCGAUAGAGUGUGUCGAGAUAUUGCCUACUGCCACAUGUGCCUCGCGAUUGACUUUGACGAAAAGUGCGACUUCUAUCAAGAAUACAAUUACACAAUCACGAACGGCGGGAUGGAAUGUGUCGAAACAGAAAAUUCAUGCGCCUGGGCAGCUUGUCAAUGCGAUAAAAACUUCAUUACUCAAAUAACCGAGAAGGAGGGUUUGUGGGAUGCCCGGAAUAACGUGCGUGGGGGUUUCGUCACGGGCUUAUUUUGA